AAAGUCCCAAACCUCACGCGCGGCGCGAAGCGGCUCAUUUUCGGAUCCCGCAUCGGGCGGGAAAACGGCGGCGGCGGCGAGGGAGGGAAUGAAUCGCGCCGCUUGAAAAAUAUAGCCUCCCUCCCCACCCUAAUCCCCAUUUCCAUCACCCCCCUCGCGUGGCGGCGAUUCGUUUUUUCCCCCAGAUCCCUCCUCCGCUUCACUCCACCGCCUCCGGUCGAAGCAGGUGAUCGAUCGAUCUCCUCGCGCUCCUCCUCCUCAUCCUCUUCGUCGGCCGCGACUGGACCGGCGGUAGAGUGGAGAUCCUCCGGGCUUUUGGGUUGGUUUCUUUCGUUGGAUUGUUUCGAGCCAGGGUUUCGUUAUGGUCUUGUAUUUGCCGUGGGCAAUCGAACUCUAGGCUGUUCUUUCGAGCCAGGGUUUCGUUACGGUCUUGUUUGCCGUGGGCAAUCGAACCCUAGGUUGAGAAGGGUGGGGGAGAUUCUUCGUUCAGGUGGUUAGGUAGAGGAAUUCGCUGUUCCUAAGCCAGCCAUCGCAAGAACUGAACUCUCAAGUUCGUGCCUUUAGGUGAACAUCGCCAUUUCCCAGCAGCAAUGGAAGGCGGCAAGCUUCUUGGCGUUGCUCACCCUGAACCUGCUAAUAAUAUCGAUGCUGACCUGCGCUAUGAUUUAGGACAGUCGCGAAUGCAAGUAGAUGGACCUGUUGUUCUCAACCGAUCUGCCGAGCUCGAGCCCAGCGAUUCGAUGGCCAUUGAUGAUGUCCCAGUUGAGGCAUCAAGCCAACCUGCGCCGGCGAAGCAGUCUCCUGCGCUGAUGGAUACCAUCGUGGAAGUGCAGAAGCAGCUGAAGAGGAAGAGGGCUUCCAGUGGCCCGGCGCUUGCUGCAGCAGACAAGGAUGCUCUAGUUGCUGGAUGUUGCCAGGAGCUCGAGGGCUUAUUGGAGUAUUACAGGGAGGUUUCGGGUCACAGGAUGCAAUUCGAAGUUGGGAACCUGUCGACGAAUGCUGCUAUCGGAUGCUUGCUAGAGGAGAGCAGUCUUGGAUUGUCCAAGUUGGUGGAUGAGAUAUAUGAAAAGCUGAAGGGAAUGGAAGGCGUGUCGGCGACUUCGGUCCGGAGUUCUGUGCUGCUCAUUGGGCAGAGGAUGAUGUAUGGGCAAUCUAGUCCGGAUGCUGAUGUGUUGGAAGAUGAAUCAGAGACGGCUCUUUGGUGCUGGGAGGUGAGAGAUUUGAAGGUGAUUCCUCUGAGAAUGCGUGGACCUCUGAGUACGCGUAGAACUGCUAGAAAGAAAAUCCACGAGAGGAUUACUGCUAUUUAUUCAACGUUAUCAGUUCUAGAAGCUCCGGGAGCUGAAGCUCAAGUAAAUGAUAUGAGGAAAGCAUCACUGAAGUUAAGCAAAGCACUGAACCUGGAAGGUAUUAAAUCAUUGGUGGAAAGAGCGACACAAAAGAGCAACAUUGAACGGGGUGCCAAAAAUACUGGAUCAACAGCUAAAGAGCCAAUGCAAGAGAUGGUGAAAAGCAAUAACGAUACUGGGAUUAUUGAGAAUGUGGAUGACUCUCAGCUGCAAAAAAACACCUCAACUAAUGAAAAAGAUACUCAGAAAGCACAGAAACAAGUUGAAAAGGAGCUAAAACAGAAGGAGAAAGAAGAAGCUCGAAUGAGAAAACAACAAAAGAAACAGCAAGAAGAGGCGCUGAGAGAACAGAAACGACGUGAAAAGGAAGAAGCUGAAAUGAAGAAACAGCAAAGGAAGCAGGAAGAGGAAGCACAGAAAGAACAGAAGCGCCGUGAAAAGGAAGAAGCUGAAACGAGGAAGCAACAAAAGAAGCAGCAAGAGGAAGCUGAGAAAGAACAGAAGCGCCGUGAGAAGGAAGCUGUCCAACUCAAGAAGCAACUGGCCAUUCAGAAGCAAGCUUCUAUGAUGGAACGGUUUUUCAAAAAUAAGAAAGACAGUGAAAAGCUUGAGAAACCUGGAGGAAAGGACUCAGGCGUUCAAACUACUGAUCCAUGCACCACCAACAAAGAGGUGGUACCAUUGGUUACAUCCAUAAUUGAUUCUUCAUUCUCUCAAAAAGAAAACUGGGCUUUGGAGGAUCUUCGCAGGUUGCAGAUCAGUGGUUGGCAGAAGUUAUCUAGCUAUAACAGGUCCUCCAGGUGGGGGAUCAGAAACAAACCCAAGAAAGAAGCUUUUAAGGAGCUCAAACUUCAAAAAACCUCUGAUAACAUGCUUGAGGAAAUUCUUUCUCCUAAUGAAGAUACCUGCCACAAUUUAAGUCAGGAAAAUGAACCAGAUAAGUCAGCAAAUGAUGUUGAUAUGCUACCAGCGGUUGAGCUACAGUUUCAUGGCACCAAUCAUGCUAAUCCUCUGCCAACUAGAUCAAUAAAGCGGAAGCUUUUGCAAUUUGACAAAAGCAACAGACCUGCAUAUUAUGGGACUUGGAGGAAGAAAAGUGCUGUUGUUGGCCCAAGAUGUCCACUUAAGAUGGAUCCUGAUCUUGACUAUGAGGUUGAUAGUGAUGAUGAAUGGGAAGAGGAGGAUCCUGGUGAGAGCCUUUCCGACUGCGAGAAGGACAAUGAUGAAGUUAUGGAGGAGGAUUCCAAGAUCACAGAUGAAGAGAGCGAAGAUAGCUUUUUUGUCCCCGAUGGUUACCUCUCGGAUAAUGAGGGGAUUCAGAUUGAAAGCCUCUUGGACGACAAGGAUGAAGCCAGUAGCUCACCACCAGACCAGUGUGCAGAAGUAGAGGAAUUUAGGGCUCUACUACGCCAGCAAAAAGUACUAAACACUUUGACUGAGCAGGCUCUCCGCAAGAGCCAACCUCUAGUGAUAUCAAACUUAACUCAUGAAAAAGCUGAAUUAUUGACUGCCGGAGACCUCAAGGGAACUUCUAAGAUUGAGCAGCUCUGCCUACAAGUUCUUUCAAUGCGCAUCUGUCCUGGAGGUGCUACUAUUGAUUUACCGGUUAUUGAUAGUUCAUCUGCAAAUGCUGAGGAGACCAAUCAGUUGAAUGUGAAGAGUAGUCCUGCUGCUGCUUCAGCUAUACCAGAUACAGACCUGGCAGAAAUUGUUAAGGUGAUAGGAUCAUGCCGUGAUGGUAUCAAUAAGCUGGUUGAGUCACUGCAUCAGAAAUUCCCGAAUGUGUCAAAGUCACAACUGAAAAAUAAAGUGAGGGAGAUUUCUGAAUUUGUUGAUAAUCGUUGGCAGGUCAAGAAAGAGGUUCUUAGCAAGCUAGGCUUAAGUUCAUCUCCUGCGAGUUCCAAAAAGCCCAAGAGCAUAGCGACAUACUUCUCCAAGCGGUGUCUACCUCCGGAGGAGGCCAUCCUGGCUUCACCUGAGCUGCGCCUGAAGUCGAAAACCACUCAAAACGUCAAUGGUGACACUGAUAUUCCUCGAAUCAAUCUGCUCCCCUCGUCCCAGUAGGAUCCUGGAAGCAUCUUCAGUACACCCAGAUUAGCAGAUACCUGAGCAACAAUGGUCUGCAGCAGCAAGGUUACUGCAUUGCAACUCCAUUUUGCAACAUUUCCCUGACGAAAGAGCUAGAAAUGUGUUCUAUAACUUGUGAUGGAUGCUCUUUUUGUUGCGUUCGCCCUCUGCCGUUUGACAUGUAUUUAUCUGGCAGUGAUGGUGAUUAAAUGUCUGUCAAACUACUGAAUCAUCUGGGUUUUUUUUGUUACUACAACUUACAAAUGGAUUCCAAGCAAGAAUGUGAAUGGUUGAGGAGCA